AUGCCAGAUGGUUCAGAGCAAACAUUGCAGGUCGAUCAGGGACAGACAGUCGAGUACGUGCGCGCGUAUUUGCAUGAGAAUUGUGGGCUUCCUUUCUCCUCGUCGACGCUCUCGUUCCAAGCCCGAAAGCUCCUUGAUCCUAUGUCGCUCGUCGACUGCGGGGUGUCAGACAACUCCAACUUGACUUGCACAGUGCAAUCAGCCGCAGAUGGCGGAGAUAUGUGA